CUAGUGGCGAGGAGGAAGAAAGAGAAAAGCCCUUCCAAGGUUACGCGUACAAAGGUUGUUCCGGACUAUGAUAAUCACAUUAACUCAAACUUUUAAAGUUUUCAUAGCGCUUUCGUAGUUUCAUGGUGCACCACGUGUCGUUAGUGGUGCAGCGCUCGGAUUGUCAGUAUCGCGUUCGUGUCAUGUAUUAUUUUUAGUAUAAGUUGAUUAUUAACGUUGCGCGAGUAUUUGUAAAGCAAAUGUCUUAGAGCAGAGUUUUUAUUCUUGUUGGUCAGCAUUGCCCGGAGGAACAUGCUUUUGGCACCAAAGCAGAGUCGUCCAACAAUCCCACUUUCCAAUGGUCUGCAGAUUCCAAUAUUGGGAUUAGGCACCUCGCAUGAUGGCGGAUACUCCCACGACGCCAUCGUGUACGCGCUCACAGAGUGUGGCGUGCGCCACAUCGACACCGCAACGCGCUACGGCUGUGAGCAGAAACUGGGUGACGCCAUCAGAGAGAGUGGGAUACCACGAAGGGACCUGUGGGUCACCAAUAAACUGUGGCCAGGGGACUACGGAUACCAAGCUGCAAAGAAAGCCUGCCUGGACUCCUGCUCCCUGAUGGGGUUUAAAUACUUUGAUUUGUACCUGAUGCACUGGCCAGAGGCCACGCGACCUGGAUGCUCCAACAGGGAGAUGAGAGCGGAGACCUGGAGAGCUUUAGAAGAACUGCACAAAGAAGGGCUGUGCUCCGCUAUUGGAGUGAGCAACUUUUUGGUCCGCCACCUGGAAGAGUUAAAGGAAGACUGCAGUGUCGUGCCCCAUGUUAACCAGGUGGAGUACCAUCCUUUCCAGCAGCCCAAGCUCCUGAUGGAGUACUGCCGUCAGGAGGGAAUUGUAUUUGAAGGGUACAGUCCUCUGGCCAAAGGUCAAGUCCUCGACGACCCGGCCGUUCUUCGAAUUGCCCAAAAAUACGGACGCACGGCGGCUCAGAUCUGCAUCCGCUGGAGUAUUCAGAAUGGAGUGGUCACAAUCCCCAAAUCCAUCAACAAGAAAAGGAUUCAAGAAAACUUGUCAAGUGUUUGGGUUCCAGCUGGAGGAGUCCGACAUGGCUGCUUUAGGGAGCUUGGAGGAUGGAAGGCAUGUGACUUGGGAUCCGACCAAUGUGGAGUAACAGACUGAUUGUGUUCAUCUUGGAAGGAGGUCAGUGACAGAAGGCCUUAAGACUGGACAUAGUAAUGUGUUCAUUAGCAGUGUGUCACCCCUUGGCAGAGGUAGGCUCUGCUGUGAUGGGAGAACAGGACUUUUAUGAGAGAAAUAAAGCACAACUCAAUUGUAAAAAUAUGUGGAAUGAUUCAUCAUUUUUUAUAUAUAUAUAUAUAUAUAUAUUAGGGCCGGGACUUUAGCGUGUUAAUUACGAUUAAUUAAUUACAAUGUGAAUUAAGAUUAAUUAAUUACACAAAAAAUAACACAUUAAACAUUUUCUAUGCAUUUUUACACUUAUUUUUUGCACCGCGGAACGUUUCUCACUGGAUGAGUUUCGGAGGACCGAUUAUACUGGAGCACCAACUAGUGUUCAUGACUUCAGACAACAACAAACCACAGUGAACGUGAACGAAGAAGCUGACGAGACCGUGACGGUUGGCCCCGUGAAUGGGACAUUUUAUUAUAAUAAACACACGGAUGGAAGCAUCGAUAAGAGCAUGGUUGUGUGCAAGCUGUGCAACAAGGAAUUCACAUCGAGCCUCAAGUAUCACCUCAACGCAAAACAAUUAGCAGCUAGCGUGGAUGUAAUAUUUUUAAUUGAGUCCAUAUUAUAUAUAUAUAUAUAAAUAUAUAUUGACCUUACAUAUAUUUUUUUAUAAUAUUUUUUUACCUAUUGUUUAAAAAACAUUUUUUUGACCCUACAUAUUUUGACUUUUUUCACAAUAUUUGUUUUCCCAUGACAUGACUGGAAUGAUCUUAGAUGGAGCAACCUACACGUCCCUGUCACUAAUGCCAAAAUCCCCAAAUUUCUGUACUUUAAACCUUAUCUGGGUUCAACCCUCAAGGGACAUGGUGGCUCUUCCUAAAUCCUUUUUUAGUUUUGGGUAACUGACAUUUAUAAAAAAUCAUAAUGGGAUAUUGCCCCAGAGACGGAUUGGUGCAUCUUGGAGGAUCAAACAUGCUUUUCAUCCUUCCUGCAUUGGUAAAGGCACAAGUGAGUUGAAUUUGAAUGUAACAGAGAAUUGGAGGAUGGAUGCACUAAAAAGGGUAAGCAAAUCUACACCCUGUGCCAGACUGUCAGUUUAAGGUUGUCCACAGGAUGCCCUGAAGUAGACAAACAUGUGAUUGUCUUGAAAAAUGCCCUCAGAGGCUGUAAUAAGUUUCAUGUCAGUGUGACCACUGAAUGAGACACAUCUGCUCAUCUUUACUGACUCAUCCGGCCUUCUCUCCUGUCAAAAAGGUGGAACCCUAUAGGCUACGUAGCAUGGCUAAUACGUGAUAAAAGCUUAAUUAGCAAUUAACAUCAAAUUUAGUCAAUUCAUCAUCAUUCAAAAGAUUCUUCAUCAUUCUUGACAAUGCCAUCAUAACUCAAGUGAACGCGCCUUGUGUUUCUGCAUAAC